GCAGUUAGUAAGAUGAAGGGACUCAGGUGAGCGGGGGCUGCGGCAGGAAUACCGCGCGUGCGCAGGCCCGGGAUCGCGUUUGCUUUCCCGGUCCUGCGAUGAUUCCGGUUCCUCCAGAACAUUGGUGGCGGGAGGCCAGUCCUGAGGUCAGGUUCUGAGCAGUAGAGCCGCUAUGAGCACCUCGGGUCUGCUCCGAUUUCCCGCCCACCUGGCCAGGAUAUGCACGGUGCCAAGGGGGCUCAGGCUCUGCCAAAAGCCGGCGCUCCUAACCCCGGGAACAGCAGGUGCUCCAGUGCAGGCAGCAGGCAAGAAGGACCGCCCUGCUCUGCUCUCCCUGGAUGAGCGUGAACUUGAAGAGCAGUUUGUAAAAGGACAUGGUCCAGGGGGCCAGGCAACCAACAAAACAAGCAACUGCGUGGUGCUGAGGCACAUCCCCUCGGGCAUCGUGGUCAAGUGUCACCAGACAAGAUCCGUUGACCAAAACAGAAAGCUAGCUCGGAGAAUCCUGCAAGAGAAAGUGGAUGUUUUCUACAAUGGUGAAAACAGUCCUGUUUACAGAAAACGAGAGGCAGAGAAGAGAAAGCAAGAGAGGAAAAAAAGAGCAAAGGAAACACUAGAGAAAAAGAAACUCCUGAAAGAACAAUGGGAAUCAAGUAAAAAUGUGCCCAGAGAAAGGACCGCGAGUUCUGACUGGAAGAACGUGCCAGACGCUUCCAGGGAUGGCGGGGUGAGCCCCACCACCAGCGCUGUGACAGCGCCUCUGAAGGAGACCAUGUGACAGACUCCAGGGACAGCAAGGUUUCUCAGUAACAGAUGAACUAUAGAGAGAUGCAUACUUUGAGAAUAAAACUAUAAAGAGAGGAGUUUCCAUCACGGUUCAGCAGAAAUGAACCUGACUAGCAUCCAUGAGGACACAGGUUCAAUCCCUGGCCUCACUUAAUAGGUUAAGGAUCCGGUGUUGCGGGAGCUUGUAGUGUAGGUCGCAGAUGUGGCUCGGAUCUGGCAUGGCCAUGGCUGACAGCUGCAGCUCUGAUUCAGCCCCUGGCCUGGGAACCUCCAUAUGCCUCGGGUGAGACCCAGAGGGAGAAAAAAAAAACCUAUUAAGACACACCAGGAGGUCAUUGCUCUAGAUGGACAGCGAACUUCUUGAGGGAGGAAAGGUGGUGGUUGUGAAGCAGGGUUAGGAAGAGCUUCUGGGCAGCUAAAGAGUUCUAUUUCUUGACCUGGGCAGUAGUAAGAAGGAUGUCACCUUUUAAGCUAAACAUUUGUGUGACUGUCUUUUUUAUUAUCAAAAGUAAGAAAUGAAAAAAUUUUUUAAAAAGCGUUAA